AUGCGCCAGACUACUGCGAAGCCAGAAACGCACCCAGCACCUGGGAGUCCGUGGCUACAUCAGUCGCCUAUCAGUUCUCCAUCAGCAGAUGAGCAAGCAGUAGAUGAGUCGGGACUGAAUCCGAAGGAGAGGAGACGAGAACAAGUGAGACGAGCCCAGAGAACACACCGUGAUCGCAAAGCUACCUAUGUGAAAGCGCUGGAACUGGAAGUAGCCAAACUCCGGGCCAAGGAUGCCCACGCCUCAGAAGACCUACGACAAGCACAUAUCGUUAUUCAACGGUUGCAGAAUCUGCUUAUGCAAUAUGGCAUCCCUGUGGGACCAGAAAUUUUCCAGGUCGACAACGCCAUGGCAACAAUCGAAUUGGUGGGUAGACCUCCCUUUGGUCAAUCUCUCCACGCACAGAUUCCUUCGAUUCCUGUUUUCGACCAUUCCAUUCCUGCUCCCCAUAUAAGUACAACGACACCCACUCAACGUGCAUCUUCUACAGGCGGAGGAUCCGAUGUUCUUCUGGCUACAGCAAUAGACGAGAAACCAAGUUUCGGAUUUGACGCCGCUACAGAAGCAUCCUCAUCAGCACAAACCAUAAUCAUGCACCCACACGGUUUAGACAGUGUGCAAGUCGGCAUCAACUUCGUUCUCGCCCUGGAGCAUCCGUGUCUUUACCACCACAGCAUACCUUCGGUACCGAUGCUUGCUCACGGGUAUAUGGGUACCGGCCAUUCGCUUAUGCUGUCAAGUCCGAUCAUGGAGCACUCUCCGUCCUACUCGCUCAAUCCCCUCAAAAUGGGAUGGCCAAGGGGAGCCAAGUGGAAUGUGCCGGCAAUCGAGCUCGAAAAGCUUCUUACGUUCUCGGAAGAAAUCGAGCUCGAGGGAGAGGUGACGCCCGUGCAAGUCUGGAAUGUGGUCAAGAGGCACCCGAAGUUCGAAUCGAUGACAGCGGAGAAGCUGGAGGCUUUUCGAGAUGCUCUUCUGCCUAGCGUCAAAUGUCUCGGGUUUGGGGCAGUCAUUGAACAAGGGUUCUUCGAAACGCAACUUGAGACAGCAAUGGGUGCUCUGUGA